UGUUCGUUCGGUCGACCAAAAUCGGUAGAGCAGAGCAGUAGCAACAAAAGCGGCCGGAUAACGCGCUCGCCUAUUUGUGCAUGUCACAGGUCGGCGAUACAACGGCGCGCGGCUGUCUGCUCGCGCGCCACGUCGUUGAGGUCCCUACCAAUCACCACUCAUGUCUUGAUCCGAGUGUUCUCAAAUACUCGUCUCUAUAAAAAUCUUGACCACUGAAGCUCGUCUCUACAAAUCCCACCCAACCCGCUUCACUCAGGUUUACAACUAUCAGUCUCCCAAACCACCGCAAGUGCCACCAAAACCUCCAUCCCAGCCACCCACCCGACCUCUACUGCUCACGCUCCUCGAUCUCUCAUCUCAUGGCCACGGCGCAUGCGAGUCGGCCCAACGGGCCAGUGCUCUCCACACCCAACUGCCGCUCCGCCUCACCCAGCCCCGGCAAGCUCGCCGGCGGCGACGCCACCCACUCGCCGGGCAAGUCCGUUAGCGGCUCAUCUCCGUCCUCCACCAGGAGCCGGCAGUCCUGCACGUGCUCCUCGACGAAGACGAACCACCCGGGCUCAUUUCGGUGCAGCAUCCACAAGGCGCGCAAGCAGGCGGCCCCAGCCGGCAGCAAGCCCGCCUCCCCGUCGUCCAUCCACGGUCUGGGAUCGAAACGAAUGAACAGCAGGCAGUGCGCCCGCAGGGCCCUCGCGCCGUCCCCCGCGGCACAGCACUCGCAACACCUGAGGCGCGCGGGAGGGUUAAUCCCCAGGACGAGUAGGCUCUCCGCCAUGUCCACGGCCAGCGAGCGUCCCAGCAACAAGCAGGACUUUAUCAGUUUGGUUGUGGAAGUUAGCGUAGUUUUUCUUGGUUGGUUGUGGAAGGCGAUAUUUUAUCAGAGGCGGGGGAACCUCGCCCGGGCAAAUUAGACAUCACGAUUCCGACGAGAUUUGUGUAGUUUUUCUUGUUUAGUUGUGGAAGGCCGAACUGGCUCUGAAUCUUCUCACAACUCAUGUCCUCAUUUAUGGUAUGCCAAGCAACUGAUUUCCGACGAGGAAACAGAACUGAUAAAGUACACAACUAAAUCUUCUCCCAACUCAUGUCUUCUUGAGCAUCUUAUAAUGGUGUCUUUCUUUUGAGAGAAAAUCUGUCUAUACUAUCUGCAUUUAACAAUUAAAAUUACAAAUGAGACAUAAUUUUUUUUGAAGCCAAUGAAGUCUACCUAAUUACAAGUUUCCCUUCUAUAUUAAUAUCUGGCCUUAAGCAAUCGUGCACAAAAACUGUCAGGCCGCUCAAUAAGUCACCAAGCAUGACGUACCAGAAGUGCUUGUUAAAAAGCAUGUAAUCACGAAAUCCAAGCCCACCUUUAUCAGUUUGGUUGUGGAACCUCGCACGGGGAAAUUAAAUCCCACGAUUCAGACAAGAUUUGUGCAGUUUUUCUUUUAUGGUUGUGAUGAAAAUCGAUACUUCAUCAGUUAUGUUUCCUCGCCGAAAAUCAGAUGUUUGGCAUACCAAUAAUUAUCACUGGUCAGUUGGUUCUCAUCUCUGUAUCAAAUAGUAGGGCGUUCCUUUUUCCUUGACGAUCAUACACUGUAAGGGUGUACACAAAAUAAUACCAUUACUAGGAUCAUCUCACUUAAGUU